AUGGCUGCCACUUCUUACCAUACUCGCUCUAACAGCUUCCCUGACAGACCACACCCUCUCAACGUGGAACUCGACGAGCAAUUGAGAAGGUUAAAAUCUUCUGAAACAGCCUCUACUUCUUCAUCAUCAAUUUGUCACCAACUAAAUGGACUUCAGGAUCUCCAUGAUUGCACUGAUAAGUUUCUCCUAUUGCCACUCACUCAACAAUCAUUGGCUCAAGGACACCAUGAGAAAUUGGUCGAUGAGCUAUUAGACGGAUCUCUUAGGCUGUUGGAUAUGUGUGACAUUGCUAAGGAUGCCUUGCUUCAAACAAAAGAAAGCUCUCAAGAACUUCUGUCAUUUAUGAGACGAAGAUGUGGAGGCGAAACAGGCAAGCUUUCAAGUGAGGCUAGGAAGUACUUGACCUCUAGGAAGGCCGUGAAAAAGGCAAUCCGCCAGGGGGAUGUCUUGAGGAAACUGAAGGUUGGGGAAAACUCAACUUCUAAGAGGAACCAAGAAAGUGGUGAAUUGGUUAAGCAGCUAGAGGAGGUGGAAGCAAUCACUAUCAGUUCAUUGGAGUGCUUGCUGUCCAUUAUUUCCUCCUCAAAGGCACCAACAAAGCUAAGUGGAUGGACUCUAGUUUCCAAGCUAGUAAAGCCAAAGACCAAAAGAAUAGCAUGUGAAGAAGAAGAAGAAAAGAAUGAAGGAGAAUUUCAAAAGGUUGAUACUGCCAUUUACAAUCUCAUCAGCAGCAAGAAAGACUAUAAUAUUAAAUAUGUUGAGAAUGUCCAAAAUCAGCUCAAAGAUUUGGAAUUUUGCAUUCAAGAUCUUGAAGGAAAACUUGAGAGCCUGUAUAGGCGUUUGAUUAAAACCAGAGUCUCCCUUCUCAACAUUGUAAAUCACUAA